UUAUUAUUGGCAGCAGCUAAUGUCUGUAUGGUUUUGUCACUUCAGUCUACCUCGGUCUUGUGAAGACUUGGUUCCUUUUGAGCUGUGAAGCAAAACAUCUAAGAUGAAUGGAAACAUCAGCCACCCCGUUGGGUCAACUUCUGUGAAUGUUUUUACCAUCACCCUCCACGGCAUUUUCUCUGCCAUUGGUAUUGUGGAAAACUUCCUCAUCAUCGGAGUGGUGGGCUUCCGUGUCCGCCGCACAAUCAUUAGCAUCUGGAUCCUGAACCUCGCGGCCUCUGACCUGCUGGCCACUUCUUCGCUGCCCUUCUUCACUCUGUACCUGGCCCUUGGCAAAACCUGGACGUUGGGGACAACUUUCUGCCGCAUCCAUUCCUCCAUCUUCUUUCUCAACAUGUUUGUCAGUGGCUUCCUGCUGGCGGCCAUUUCUAUGGACCGCUGCUUAGUGGUGCUGAAACCUGUCUGGGCCCAAAACUACAGGAAUAUCGACCUAGUGAAGAAGAUAUGUGGGGUGAUUUGGGCCAUGGCUGUGGUCUGCACUAUCCCAUUCUUUCUGUUCCGUAAAGUCAUCAAUUUACCGGACGGCCGGAAUCUCUGUUACUAUGAUUACGCUCGAUUCCUGCCUGAGCCAAAGAACCAGACAGCAAUAAUAAAGCAGCGCAAGGAAGGACUGGCAUUAAUGAAGCUCUUUAUUGCCUUCAUAAUCCCUUUGGUCAUCAUCAUCGUCAGCUAUGCUACUGUAAAUUCCAGACUGGCCCGCAGAGGCAACCGUCGGCCUUUCCGUUUUGUUCGCCUUGUAGUGUCUGUGGUGGUGAGUUUUGUACUCUGCUGGGCGCCGUACCACUUAUUCAUAGUCAUUGAGGUGAUGGCUCCAAGCACUCAUUCUGUACAGACCUUUAUAAUACAGGCCCUCCCAGUUGCAGCAACGAUCGGCUUCCUCAACAGUGUCCUCAACCCGGUUCUGUAUGUGUUCAGCUGCCCUGACCUGUGCAGAAAGAUCAGACAUUCUCUCGGUGCAGUGAUGGAGAGUGUUCUGGCUGAGGAUCUAGCAGAGUUUUCCCGGCGCCGCAGCACAGCUCGGAGCUCUAUCGGCAACACUGAGAUGAUGAUGAGAAAGAAGAAUUCCAUUCCAACUCUGACUCAGGAAGAAAGUGUCAGUAACUCAACUUAGACCUGAAACAUACCGUUAUGUCUUUAGUAACUUCAACUGGAUCAUGUACCAAUUAUACAGCAUUUUCUCAUGAAACUCACAUAUCUUCUGUCUUACUUUAGAAUUUAAUCUUUUACUCCCCACCCAUCCAUCAAGUCACUAGUGCCUAUUCCAAGGAGAGGAGUAAAUUAACAUCCACCCCCUUUAGUAGAAUUUUAGGCUGUUUUGAGCAUCCAAAUGGGAAAGAUUUUAACACAAAACUGUAAUUAAAAAGAAUACGUGAGCCUUCUUGUCAGAUCUUAUAUUUAACAUCUUCUAGUUUAGUGUGUUGGGGUGACUGUAGCUCAGGAGGUAAAGCAGGUCACCUACUAGUCGGAAUGAUGGUGGUUCAGUCCCUGGCUGCAUGCCAGAGUAUCCUUGGGCAAGAUGCUGAAUCUCCAAUGCAGCCGUCGGAGUAUGAAUGUGUGUGAAUGUUAGAAAGAAAGCAGUUAGCUGUGGAAAGAAGUGCUUGUAUGAAUGUAUGUGAAUUGGUGAAAGAGGCAUGUUGUAUAAAGGGCUUUGUGUGCUCAAAGAAGAGUAGAAAAGAGCUAUGUAAAGAGCCACUUUUAACAGUUUGUACUGACCAAAGUUGCAAUAUUUUUUUUUCUUUUUUUUUAAUAAAAUAAAAAAAACAGCAAUACAUAUUACAUAUUACACUUGUCACAAAUAUGCAGAUGUCCCUG